UCCCUUUAUAUCGGCCAUCGAAGUUCGGGACUUGGACUCCAAAAUGUAUUCGGAUUUAGAUCUGUAUCGUGCUUUGAUGUUAAGGAGGAGGGUUGCUUAUGGUACCAAAGCAAUCAUUAGGUCUACCGACGAUCUUUACGACAGAAUAUGGGUUCCGGCCGUCAACGCUGUUGGUUCACGGUGCUUACAAGUGAUGAAUUAUUCACUGAAGUUGGUUUAGACGAUAGCCCUCCUAGUGCCGUGUUUCAAAAUGCAUUUGCCUCUAACAGCACUUCCACAUCCAUACAAUUAGCGACUAACCUUCCCACGACUGAAGUUCCCAUUUACAUUAACAUGUACUUUUCGGAAGUUGCGGUACUCGAUUCGACCGAGAUAAGAUCGUUCGAGCUCCGAAUAGAUGGAAAGUCUAGCUCAAAACCCUUCAUCCCAGUUUAUGCAAAAGCAGGAGAGAUGGUCCUGUCAAACGAGACUGCCUCUUCCAGAACUAACUUCACUUUGGCAACCACAUCUGAUUCAACACUGCCUCCCCUUAUCAAUGCACUGGAAGUUUUUACUGUCAGCGAUGAGCUAACCGAUGGAACCAACAGUGAUGAUGUGGACGGAUUGGUGGCACUGCAAAGGGAAUUUGAUGUACUGGGAGACUGGGGUGGUGACCCUUGUCUUCCUGCACCCUAUUCAUGGUAUUGGAUCAAUUGCACCUCUGGUUCCACACCCCGAGUAACAGCAUUGCAUCUUGGUAGCUUUGGUUUAUCUGGUCUUCUUCCUGAUUUUAGCUCCAUGACAAGCCUCGAGAUCAUAGAUUUGCACAAUAACAGCCUAAUCGGGUCUAUCCCAGAAUUCCUAGGCACCUUAAGAAUUGAACUUGUCUAGUAAUGGUUUCAGUGGACCAAUUCCAUCCACGAUAUCGAAAAACAAAAAGUUAAAAUUAGUUGUUACAGACAAUCCGGAUUUAUGCACCUCUGGCAAAUCGUGUAAAACAGCGAGUGGUGUAGAUACAUCUGAUUAUGGUGGCUCCUCGAGCAGUGGCAAGAAAAAGAGCAAGCUACCAGUAAUCCUUGGCACCUCAAUUCCAGUUUUUGUACUUUUCUGGGUUAUUGCCGGGGUUUGUGCGUUGCUUCUUCA